AUGGAUGCUGAUGGAAACGGCUUCAUUGAUGCUGCUGAGCUGAAGGCAACUCUCACUAGCCUGGGACUGUACCAUUCGGAUAAGGAAAUUGAUGAAAAGAUUUGUGAGGUCGACAGGGAUGAGAACGGCCAACUCGACAUAGAAGGUAUCAAGCAAUUUGCCGUAUUCCAACUACUUGAUUGGCCAGCUCUGGCAUUAAUAAUCUAA